AUGGCAAGUAAUAUUCAUCUUCGUCAUCGCCUUGUGAAGACAAUCCGGCGUUUUCUUGAAGAUCGGGCAGACUUUAUAGAAGUUGAGACGCCAAUCCUGACUCGAUCUACACCAGAGGGUGCAAGGGAUUAUUUGGUGCCAGCCAGGAACAAGCCAGGGGAAUGGUAUGCACUGCCCCAGAGUCCGCAGCUGUUUAAGCAGAUGUUAAUGGUUGCUGGGUUCAGUCGAUACUACCAAAUUGCUAGGUGUUUCCGAGAUGAAGACUUGCGUGCAGACCGACAGCCCAAAUUCACGCAGCUUGACAUGGAGAUGGCGUUCAUUGACAGUGAAGGGAUAAUGAACUUGGUGGAGGACCUCAUAUGCACAGUUUUCUCAAAAGUUGUGGGCAUCAACCUGCAAAAGCCUUUCCCAAGAAUCACAUAUUCCGAUGCCCUUAGCAGAUAUGGUACAGACAGGCCUGACACCAGAUAUGAGCUGCCGAUGGCAGAUGUUUCAAAGGUCGUUGCAGGUUCGUCUUUUCGCGUGUUUUCGGAUUGUGUUGCUGCAGGCGGUGUUGUUAAGGCUCUGAGAGUCCGACAAGGCAUCAGGAUAUCCAACUCCCGGGUGAAAGCAAAGGGCGACGUGUUUGCUCAGGCUGUCAAUUGUGGGGCCAAAGGGCUGGUGUACAUUCGGGUUGAGGAAGGGAAGAAAAUCGUAGCAGCCAAGAACGUAGUGGAAGGCCUGUCCCAAGAACAGAAAGAAGAACUGCUCAAUGUCUGCGAUGCAGAGCCAAAGGACCUCUUGCUGCUGGUGGCCGCAGAAUCGAUGCACCAUGCUAACCGGGUGCUCAGUGACUUGCGCUUCUUCCUUGCCAAAGAUUUGGGAGAGUUCAGAGAGACAGAUGAUGCUUUGGUUUGGGUGACAGAGUUUCCGAUGUUUGAGUGGAAUGACAAUGAUGAGCGUUGGGAUUGCCUGCACCACCCCUUCACCGCCCCCAGUCCGGCAACCAUUCCUGAAAAUGGUGACCUCACAGGAGCAACGGCGUUGGCCUAUGACCUAGUUUACAAUGGCGUCGAGAUAGGGGGCGGCAGCAUGCGCAUCUACAAGCGUGAACUUCAAAUGCAGGUCUUCAAAACAAUUGGGUUGUCCGAUGACAAGGCCAAGGAGAAGUUCGGGUUUCUUUUGGACUGUUUUGAUAUGGGUGCACCCCCACAUGGUGCUAUCGCUUUUGGUGUGGAUAGACUAGCCAUGCUGUUGGCUGGGGCCAGUUCCAUAAGACACGUCAUUGCCUUCCCUAAAACUACUCAGGCUGAGUGCCUAUUGACUGGAGCCCCAGCGCCGGUAAAAUUGGGACAGCUUGAUGACCUUGGGGUGCGCAUGCAAACCAAGGAUGCUGGCAGCGAGUCGUAG